UCCAACAUUAUAUAAAUCUCUGCUCCCAGCCUUUGGUCCGUGCAAUAUUGUCCUUUUCUUUCCUUUCCCUUCUUUAGCUUUUACUACAGCUGCUCUCCGCGUUCUUGUCUUUUCCCUCAGAUUCCCUCAGCGUUUCCUCUCCUACCCUUUAUAUUCAACUACUGUUUUUUUCCCCUUUAAUAACUAAACCUUAAUUUAACUCCUCCUUUCCAAUCACAUUAACUGUAACGAAGUAUAAUUAGUAUUGUUGGAUCAAUGAGCGGCGGUUCUUUACCGACGCACGAGAGGCGGUGGGCCUCAGACACGGUUCCCGCCAAAACCAUCCUCAGUUCUACUACGUCGCCGGGGACUGAAUCCAACUCGGCGGAGGAGUUCGUCGAGGUCACUCUCGAUCUACAAGACGAUGACACCAUAAUCCUCCGAAGCGUCGAGCCGGCCACCUUCAUCAACGUCGAUGAUGGAGCCGAUACUCCGGCGUCCGCCUCAGCUUCCAUUUCUCGAUCCCCGACGAUCAAGCGGAGCUCAUCCAGUAGAUUGAGACAGUUUUCACAAGAACUAAAAGCAGAAGCCGUGGCCAAAGCCAAGCAGUUCUCACACGAGUUAAACCGGAUAUUCUCGUGGAGCCACGGACACGCAGCUCAGGCUAUAACUGGAUUCGACUCAGCUUUAGCCGCUCGAGCUCUAAGAAAGCAGCGAGCUCAACUCGAUCGGACUCGCUCCGGCGCUCAAAAAGCACUCCGCGGAUUGAGGUUUAUAAGUAACAAUAAAGCCAAUGCAUGGGAAGAAGUUGAAAACAAUUUCAACAAACUCGCCAAAGAGGGCUUUCUCCUUCGCUCCGAUUUCGCACAAUGCAUAGGUUGUUCAUUUCAUCAUCACAAUUUCCUUUUCAAAUCCAAUUUUCUUAAACGCUUGGACUUGAAUCUAUCUUCUAACAGUAUUCUUAAUAACUUCUUUUCUUCAUUGUGUACUGUUCUUCAAGGAAUGAAGGACUCGAAGGAAUUCGCGUUGGAGAUGUUCGAUGCAUUGAGUAGACGAAGGAGAUUAAAAGUUGAAAAAAUCAGCAAAGAUGAACUUUAUGAAUAUUGGUCUCAAAUCACCGAUCAAAGUUUUGAUUCUCGCCUCCAGAUCUUCUUCGACAUGGUGGAUAAGAAUGAAGAUGGUAGAAUCACUGAGGCUGAAGUUAAAGAGAUUAUCAUGCUAAGUGCUUCAGCGAACAAGCUAUCGAGAUUGAAGGAGCAGGCGGAAGAAUAUGCAGCUCUGAUCAUGGAAGAGUUGGACCCUGAAAGACUUGGAUACAUUGAGCUAUGGCAAUUGGAGACGCUUCUCUUGCAGAAGGACACGUAUCUGAGCUACAGUCAAGCCUUAAGCUACACCAGCCAAGCCCUUAGCCAAAACUUACAAGGAUUAAGAAACAAGAGCAGAAUCAGAAGAAUAAGCACUAAACUGCUGUACUAUUUGGAAGAAAAAUGGCAGAGGAUAUGGGUUGUGUCAUUGUGGAUCAUGAUUAUGAUAGGGCUCUUUACUUGGAAGUUCUUUCAAUAUAAACGGAAUAGUGCUUUCCAGGUUAUGGGUUACUGUCUCCUCACAGCCAAGGGAGCUGCUGAGACCCUGAAGUUUAACAUGGCUCUUAUCCUCUUGCCCGUGUGCAGAAACACCAUUACUUGGCUCAGGUCUACCAAGCUUGGUCUCUUUGUGCCUUUUGACGACAAUAUCAACUUUCACAAGACAAUAGCUGCAGCGAUUGUUAUUGGAAUCAUUCUCCAUGGUGGGAACCAUCUUGCCUGUGAUUUUCCGAGGCUAAUCAAGUCUAAUACUGAUUACUAUGAUAAGUUUCUAAUCAAUGACUUUGGAAGUCAUAAACCAACGUACAUUGACCUGGUAAAAGGGCCUGAAGGAGUGACCGGAAUUUUAAUGGUUAUCUGCAUGGCAAUUGCAUUUACACUAGCGACCAAAUGGUUUAGGAGGAACCUGAUUAAGCUGCCCAAGCCCUUUGAUAGAAUCACUGGCUUCAAUGCUUUCUGGUACUCACAUCACCUGUUUGUCAUUGUCUACAUCUUGCUCAUCAUCCAUGGCGUAUUCCUUUAUCUCGUGCACAUAUGGUACCGUAAGACGACUUGGAUGUAUCUAGCUGUUCCAGUUUUCUUAUAUGCUGGAGAAAGGACCCUGCGAUUUUUCCGUUCUGGUUUCUAUACUGUCCGGCUUUUGAAGGUUGCAAUUUAUCCAGGAGGUGUUCUCACAUUACAAAUGUCUAAGCCACUUCAAUUUCGGUACAAGAGUGGACAGUACAUGUUUGUCCAGUGCCCUGUCAUCUCUCCCUUUGAAUGGCAUCCAUUUUCCAUAACCUCUGCUCCUGGUGAUGACUACCUUAGUGUACAUAUCCGUCAGCUAGGUGACUGGACCCAAGAGCUCAAACGGCUUUUCUCAGAGGUUUGUGAACCUCCUGUAGCUGGAAAGAGUGGGCUCCUCAGGGCUGAUGAGACAACUAAGAAAAGUUUGCCAAAGCUCUUAAUAGAUGGGCCAUAUGGUGCCCCGGCACAAGACUAUUGGAAGUAUGAUGUCCUGUUACUUGUGGGCCUUGGAAUUGGUGCAACACCAUUUAUCAGCAUUUUAAAAGAUUUGCUUAACAACAUUGUCAAAAUGGAGGAGCACGCAGAUUCCGUCAAUGAUACCAGUAGGACAUCAGACCUAAGUAUUGGGAGCACUGAUUCAAUCACUGCCAACAGAGUUUCACCAAAACUAAAGAAAACUCUUAAGACAACCAAUGCAUAUUUUUAUUGGGUAACCAGGGAGCAAGGUUCAUUUGAUUGGUUCAAAGGGGUCAUGAAUGAAGUUGCCGAACUUGAUCAAAGGGGUGUCAUUGAAAUGCACAACUAUUUGACUAGCGUGUAUGAGGAAGGAGAUGCACGUUCAGCUCUCAUAACUAUGGUCCAAGCACUAAAUCAUGCCAAGAAUGGAGUUGACGUCGUUUCUGGCACCAGGGUGCGGACCCAUUUUGCAAGGCCUAAAUGGAAGAACGUUCUCUCUAAACUAAGUUCCAAGCACUGCAAUGCAAGGAUAGGAGUCUUUUACUGCGGGGCACCGGUUUUGGCUAAAGAACUCAGCAAACUCUGCUCCGAGUUCAACCAAAAAGGUUCAACUAAAUUUGAAUUUCACAAGGAGCAUUUCUGAAGAGAAGUACCAUGGUAGUAAAUAGAAAUACUUUAUGUUUACCUUGCCCUAACUCCUUUUUUAUCUAGAGAAAUAAGAAUUUUUGCAAUAAACCAAGACAACAGGAAUCUCCGUACAGUAUUAGAACAGAAAAAGGAGAGGAAAAAGAAAAGAAAAGAAAAAAAAUCUAAUAUAUUUCAUUUAGGUCCUCUAUCGUUGAACGGUGAAUACCCACACAAAAAAAGGAUGAAAAAAAAUAUGGCUUUGGGAAUUGAAAGGUGAACCACUUCAUUGCUCACGUGGCGCAAGUGUUUGGCGAGCAAGAUCAGAGAAGAGGGAGGUGUGCGGUACAGCUGGCAAUGAAGAGGUUGUGGCCAGGCAUGAUUGGUGGAGACAUUCAUAGUCAUAAUACAAUUUUGAAAAGCCGAGGGCUGUGGGGGAUGGGUUGGAUUUGGACGGAUUUUUUUUUUUUAUCUUUUUGAAAUUUCCAAUUUCAUUCGGCAGAAUCCUUCUAGAAUGCUGAUGCUAAUGAUGAAGAUUUUAAGCAAGCUCUUAUUCAUUACGCGUGUUUACAAUAAGGAUCAGGUUGUAAAUGAAUGACGUUCACACUUUUUGUCAGUUAAAUCUUAUGCAGCUUCGAGGGAGGGUUUUUUUUUUUUUUUUCUUUUUAGUUCUUAGUGCAAAUGUAAAUGAGUACGAUCAGUUAUAAUAUCAUCAUCUCAAUUGAUUUCUUUUCUUCUUUCA